AUGCUAUCAUCUCCAACACCAAAGAGACAACCAGCCCCAGACUCUAUUUCACAGUUGUAUAUUCAAGAUAUAUCAUUACCAUCUGGUAUUGAUAGAACCAAGAAAGGAAUAAAUGGGAUGCAAGACUAUUCCAAUAAAAGUUCUGUGAAGUCUUCUCACAGUGGCAAUAGACAGUGGCAAGAAGAAACCACAAGACAAGCAGAUGAUGAUGAAAUGGUUCUGUAUCCCUCCCAAUAUUGUAAUCCCUCUCCUUCACAAAGUAAUCAACAGCAAAAUACAGAAAUGAGGCCCUUGGGAGAGACUGUCAACUACCCUAGUGACACAACAAUUGUGGCCAGGGUGUGUAUCCUUCGUUGUUGUAAUCAUCGAAGAGUUCCAGUGACAGAAGGCGGAUAUGUAACUGGUCAGAGACAUUUAAUAAGUCCUCCUUACCCAGCCAAUCCUUGGUCUGAUGUUGCUGUUCCUACAACCGAUAUGAGAAGAAGCAAUCAUCCACCAACACCUCGAUUACAAUCCCAUCCUUAUGCAAGUGCUCAACAAAUGUUAUCAUCUCCAGCACCAAAGCCACGGCCAGCUCCAGAUUCUGUUUCACAGAUGUAUGUUCAAGACGUAGCAUUACCAUCUGGCAGGGACAAAAGCAAGAGGACAGUCAGGACUCAAGGCUAUUCCAGUAGAUGUUCUGUAAAAUCCACUCACAAUGAAAGAAAAGAUUGGAGUGAAGAUAAUACAGUAAAACCAGAAGUUGUAUCAGAUGUCUACUCUUUCCAGUAUUGUAACUCUUCUCCAUUCCAACAUGACCAACAACAUAUCACAGAUAUGGGACCCUUGGAACAGAUUGCAAGCUACCCCAAGACAUUUGAUAAGCACUCCUUCUUCAUCCAAUACUUCACACUAGAAAGAACACAUCACAUGGAGCCCCAACCAAGAGAUCAGGAUUAUAAUCUUAAUGAUAUCACAUCAUUAAACAGCAGACACACAAAAAUGGAUCAUUGUAUAAUUACAGAUGCAUAUACACCUUACUGUGGUAAUUUUUCAUCAAUACCAGUUGUUGAAUACACGGAUGAGGCCAAUGGGACAGACAAUCAAUAUCCCUCUGAUUUAACCACAACUUUGAUGUCAGCUGAAACCAAAGGAAGACAUGAAGCUUAG